AAGGACGCCAUCUUAUCUAAUCGAUUACUUAUCGCUAAGCGAUUCGAUUGGUUUUUCUGCCUACGCCCGUCUAUCAUCCAAUUAACUGUUAAAUUAGGCGGGUUCAAAUUUAUAUAAAAUGCUUUUGAACGAUAUUUUAAGCGGAAAAGCUGAUGAUGCCGUCUAUAUUAUUGCGGAAAUCGGGCAGAAUCAUCAGGGCUGUCUGGAAACAGCCAAGAAGAUGAUCUCGGAGGCCAAGAAAGCCGGCUGUCAUUGCGUAAAGUUUCAGAAAUCCGAUUUACCUGCAAAGUUUACACGAUCCGCUCUAGAUCGAGAAUAUAUAAGCGAUCACGCGUGGGGAAAAACUUACGGGGAGCAUAAAGACUACCUGGAGUUCUCCAAGGAUCAAUACCUCGAACUUCAGGCUUUUAGCAAGGAAAUAAAUGUGGACUUUACAGCUUCUGCUAUGGACGAGCGCUCCUUGGAUUUUCUCGUGGAACUGAAAGUCCCUUUCAUUAAAAUUGGCUCUGGAGAUGCCAACAACUUUCCACUUAUAAAUAAGGCAGCCAAUUUACACUUACCCUUGGUUAUCUCCACCGGAAUGCAGACCAUGACAACUGUAGAAAGGAUUGUGCAAACAAUGGAGGAGGCUGGAAAAAAGAACUUCGCUCUUAUGCACUGUGUUUCAUCUUAUCCAACUGCUCCAAAGGACUGCAGUUUGCAGUUAAUAUCCUUGCUGAAGAGGCGCUUUCCCAACGUAGUAAUUGGUUAUUCGGGCCACGAACUGGGAGUUGGUAUCAGUCAAGCUGCUGUUUUGCUCGGUGCACGCAUAGUGGAGCGUCAUUUUACGCUGGAUAAGAAUCAAAAAGGAUCCGACCAUCGAUGCUCCCUUGAACCGUACGAAUUAAAAAUACUGACAACAACAAUUAAUGAUUUUAAAAUUUGUGCAUUACCGAUGUCACCGAAAGACAUAUUACAAAAACUGAACGACGGUCAAGAACUGGAAGAAGCUCUUCAGGAUGUUCAAAGUAAAACAAUUUUACCCUGUGAGUUGCCCUGCCGAAAUAAACUGGGCAAAUCCAUUGUGGCAGCUAGGAGUCUCCGAAAAGGACACCGUCUUCAGCUACAGGACAUGGCAAUCAAAGUUAGCGAGCCAAACGGCAUAACUGCUGAAGCAUACUUCGACAUUAUUGGCAAGGAAUUAACAGACAAUAUUGGUGAGGAUGAACCCAUACUUGGGAGUAGUAUAAUCCUUUAAGUUAAAGGUUUUGAAAAAUACUUGAUGUGCAAUAUGAAAUACAAAUGUAAAUGAAUA